AAGGCCGUCGCUGCCGCCGCCGCCGCUGCCAGACGUCAACAAACCGUAUUGACUGGCUGUGGGUGGGUGGCUGGGUGAGGCUGUUUUGCGGUGCUCUGCUGCAUAUGUAAGGCCCGCCCCUACUCGUACUGGUGUGUUAUUUGCUAGCCCGAAGGAAUGAUGCCACCUUCACCAAGCAAAUCCAAAAACAUACACAAGUCGUCUGGAAAAUUGUUUCGGCAUAAGGAAAAAGAGCGCUCAGGGAGUGGCGGCAGCAGUGGAAGUGGAAAUAAUGGCAACAGCACAAGUAGUAACAGUAGUAGCAGCAGCAGCAGCAACACCAGCAGUGGCAGCAAGAGAGAUGACCCUCUUGACCUGAAGGACUGCCCGCUCUCCCUUCCUGUCGUGGGUUCUUUAGACCACACCCGAUCUCUUCCCCGAUACACCUCGUUGGUGAAUGCUGAGGGUGUGUCCAUGGAAGAGCUGGAUGGUCUUCAGCUGGAGUUAGAACUGCUGCUGUCCUCAGUGCUGGUGCGGCAGAUGUCCCUCAACUCACAGCUCAGCCUCAUACACCAGUUGGAGAAAGGGAAAGUAAUAUCAAAGCCACCUGUGUCUCCUGGAAAGAAGGUGAAGAGGGAGGACUGUGACAGACCCUCAAAGAAAAUGAAAGAGUCCAAUGGCAAACCGAGGGAUGUUGUCACCACCCCUGGACCUCCUCCUGGGGUCAAGCCAUCAAAGGUCAAAUGUUCGGUUCAGAAGUACGAGCCAGUAUUUGAUGUCCCAGACCUGGGUCCCCCUGAGCAGCCCAAACCUCCUCCUCCUAAGAACGACAUCACCAACAGAUUCUGGGCCUACGUGGAGCAGUACUGCCAAGAGAUCACUGUUGAUGACAUAAAGAUGCUGGAGGACCUGAUAAAUGCUCCCAAUGAUGACAGUGACUACUACAAGACACCUCCGUUGGGCCGCCACUACACCCUACGCUGGGCCCAGGAGGAUCUGCAGGAUGAACAAAAGGAAGGCAUGAAACUUGCUGAUGGAAAGAAAAAGGGAAUCAAAGGAGAGUCAGGAAACUCAGACCUUUCUGACAAACUGCUGAAGGAAGUGGAUAUGAAUGGGUGCAGUGACGAUGUGGCUCCCUUGGGUCCCCUCACACAGCGACUCAUUGCCGGCCUGGUGGAGGAAAAUGUUUUAGUGUCUGAUAUUGAAAACAAAGGUGUGGAUGGCUUGGGUCACACUCGGCCUGGCUUAAUAAAGUCUCUAGGCCUGGGCAGUGCAUCCAGUCUAGAAAAGAGGAUAAAGAAAGAAUUACAAGAACAGGGAGUUAUGGAGACGGACUAUGGCAAUGAGGAUGAUGAUGAUGAGAUCCUCAUGGAGUUGAAGCGGUGCCAGACAGAGCUCCGGGCUGUGUCCAAUCACAAUGUUUCCCAGCUGACCCGCCUCCUCAACCUGGCUCGAGACUCCCUGGUGCGCCAUGACCUGAAGAAGCGCCUCCGGGACGCAGAUCAGAAGGUGCUGGAAGCUUACCGGACCAUUGCAGCAGCCCGACAGAAGAAGAAAACCCCCUCCAAGAAGGACAAGGAUAUUGCAUGGAAGGCAAUCAAAGACCGUGAAGCUAUAGUCAGACAGUUAGAUUUAGCAUCAAAUAAUAAUUGUUAGGAAUUAUUAUGUUUCCUGAGUAUCUGUGAAAUAAUAUGAAGGCAGAUUCUUGUACCAUGCUUCCAGAUAUACCUUUUGACUCCUCUGUUAUUGUGAUGCACAAGGUAUGUUUCAUUUUAUCUAAAGUCCUCUGGUCUUAAGUGUGCAAUGAAAUGUACUGGCAAAUAGAAGACACACCAGAAAAAUAAUUUGAAAGGUAGAAAUAUUUUCAUAAGUUAUAAAUGAAAUUGUUAUUGUGCAGAAAUAAUGUAUAUUUAUUGUAUAUCAGUUAUUUUUUUUAUCUUGAAAAGAAGUGGAAAUUUCAGUGAAAUUUACUGCCAGAUAGAAGACACAACAAAAGAGCAUUUUAAAAAGGGUAAAUGUGAUCAUCAGUUCUCUAAAAUUGUUAUUGUGCAGAAAUAGUUUCACAUCAGCAGUAUUCUGAUUUCUUCAUAAGCCUGUGAGAUAAAGGAGGUGCUAGCUUAGAAAAUACUCGAUACACAAUACAGUAAGAACAAAGUAAAACCUAUAAGUUUUACUGAUAUUAGGAAGAAUUAUUUUCAUCUAUACCAAUAAAAAUAAUUAGUCCA